CGUGUCUGAGUAGGAGACAAGCCCUGAUGUUCGUUACCAAUGCUCUUGCCAGGAUAUUUGGCGGCAUUGCUGGCUUCUUUGCAGGAAUAGGAUCGAAUAUUUUCGUGUUUACCUGGGAUUUCGCCCUUUUCCUGCUGAACCUGGUGUCUUUCAAACGAAAGAUCGGUGAGGUGACGCUCAAGGGCGAUAUAGGGUACGGGGGUAAAUGGCCCAUGUAUAUCCCACCAACAGAGACGGACAGUCGUUCUGCGUGCCCCGCAUUGAACGCGAUGGCUAACCACGGAAUCUUGCCUCAUGAUGGGCGAAAUAUUUCGUACAAAGAAAUGAGCAUUGCUAUUCGGAAGAUGUACAACUUUGCGCCGUCUUUCUGUUACUUCGUCCCGAAGUACAUGGCAGAGCUUCUUACACGAGACCAUACGCGCGAUACGAUCAAUCUGUCUGAUAUUAGUGUCCACAAUGGCAUUGAACACGACGCGUCCUUAACUAGACAUGACGUAUACCAUCAACCAGAUCAGUCAAAACCAGCCCUCGACAUCAUUGACGACUUGCUGGCGUCUGCAACCGGACCGGACAAUACGCUCACCCCUCACGACCUUUCGGUUGUCUCUACCAGGCGGCGCCGACAAGCCCGAGCGACGAACAGCACAUUUACGCUCUCAACCUUUCACAAACUCUUUGGGAGCUCAAAUUCGUCGACUUUGCUAACUAUUUUCGGUGGUCGUGUAUCUGACCUGGAGAUCGUUCUGAAAGAAGAGCGCAUUCCUGAUGGCUGGGAGUCGCGGGUGCGUGACCCAUGGGGUUUGACCUUCGCCACGUUCAACAACACCGUCUUUCGCGUUGAGUUGGGAAUUGAAGGGUUCAAAGGGCCAUCCGUCAUUGUACGUGAAUCGAACAAGAGGAGUUCGGAGGUUAAGUCGGAGAUGAAUGAGAAAUAGAGACCGGGGAACGUAACACUUCCGUUCUAUAGCUGGGUUCUGGUCUUGCUUGCAUCGCACUAUGUCACUUUGGACGUGUUGCUGCUUUACCUUUUAUGUUGGAAAUUGACUUGUUAUAUCUGUCGCUUGCCUUAUUUCCUAUAGCUGCCUUCUAUCGCUCCAUUGAAUAUUAGCAGUCCAAUUGGCUAAUCUUGU